GGUAGCUGUGUUUAGGGUGGUGGGUAUUUGGUUUUUGGGGCUGGAGCCUGAGGCCGGCUAGCGUUCGAGACCUUCGUGCAGACGGUGCACGCGGGCUACGGGAACGCCGUGGAGACGUCUGGACGAUGCCCGAGAUUAGAGUCACCCCGUUGGGAGCUGGUCAGGAUGUAGGCCGCAGUUGCAUCUUGGUCUCCAUCGCAGGCAAGAAUGUCAUGCUGGACUGUGGGAUGCACAUGGGCUAUAAUGAUGAUAGGCGCUUCCCUGACUUUUCCUACAUCACCCAGAGUGGCCGGCUGACUGACUUUUUGGACUGUGUAAUCAUCAGCCACUUCCACCUGGACCAUUGUGGGGCACUCCCCUACUUCAGUGAGAUGGUGGGCUACGACGGGCCCAUCUAUAUGACCCACCCCACCCAGGCCAUCUGCCCAAUCCUGCUGGAAGACUACCGCAAGAUUGCCGUGGACAAGAAAGGCGAGGCCAAUUUCUUCACUUCCCAGAUGAUCAAAGACUGCAUGAAGAAGGUGGUGGCUGUUCACCUGCACCAGACUGUCCAGGUAGAUGAUGAACUGGAAAUCAAGGCAUACUAUGCAGGCCAUGUGCUGGGGGCAGCCAUGUUCCAGAUUAAAGUGGGCUCCGAGUCCGUAGUCUACACGGGUGAUUAUAAUAUGACCCCAGAUCGACAUUUGGGGGCUGCAUGGAUUGACAAGUGCCGCCCAAACCUGCUCAUCACAGAAUCUACAUAUGCCACAACCAUCCGUGACUCCAAGCGCUGCAGGGAGCGAGAUUUCCUGAAAAAAGUUCAUGAGACUGUGGAACGUGGUGGGAAGGUGCUGAUCCCUGUAUUUGCACUUGGUCGAGCACAGGAACUCUGCAUUCUGCUAGAGACUUUCUGGGAGCGCAUGAACCUGAAGGUGCCCAUCUACUUCUCAACGGGCCUGACAGAGAAGGCCAAUCACUAUUACAAACUCUUCAUCACCUGGACCAACCAGAAGAUCCGGAAGACCUUUGUUCAGAGGAACAUGUUUGAGUUCAAGCACAUCAAGGCUUUCGACCGGGCAUUUGCUGACAACCCAGGUCCCAUGGUUGUGUUUGCCACGCCUGGGAUGUUGCAUGCUGGCCAGUCCCUGCAGAUCUUCCGGAAGUGGGCAGGAAAUGAGAAGAACAUGGUCAUCAUGCCUGGCUACUGUGUGCAAGGGACUGUGGGCCACAAGAUCCUCAGUGGACAGCGCAAACUAGAGAUGGAGGGGCGGCAGGUGCUGGAGGUGAAGAUGCAGGUGGAGUACAUGUCAUUCAGUGCCCAUGCUGAUGCCAAGGGCAUCAUGCAGCUGGUGGGACAAGCAGAGCCAGAGUGUGUAUUGCUGGUGCACGGCGAGGCCAAGAAGAUGGAGUUCCUGAGACAGAAGAUUGAGCAGGAAUUCCGAGUCAACUGCUACAUGCCCGCUAAUGGGGAGACAGUAACACUGCCUACAAGCCCCAGCAUUCCUGUGGGGAUAUCUCUGGGGCUGCUCAAGCGGGAGAUGGCACAGGGACUGCUCCCUGAGGCCAAAAAGCCCCGGCUCUUGCAUGGCACCCUAAUCAUGAAAGACAGUAAUUUCCGCCUAGUGUCCUCAGAGCAAGCCCUCAAGGAUCUGGGCCUGGCCGAGCACCAGCUACGUUUCACCUGCCGUGUGCAUCUGCAGGACACACGCAAGGAACAGGAGACAGCCCUGCGUGUGUACAGCCACCUCAAGAACACCCUCAAGGAUCACUGUGUGCAGCACCUCCCAGAUGGUUCUGUGACCGUAGAGUCUAUCCUCAUCCAGGCUGCUGCCCACUCUGAAGAUCCUGGCACCAAGGUGCUGCUGGUCUCCUGGACCUACCAGGAUGAGGAGCUAGGAAGCUUCCUCACAUCACUGCUCAAGAAUGGCCUUCCCCAGACCCCCAGCUGAUAUGUGACCGUCAGUCCCAUGACUCUGCCCUUUACUGUUUAUCUUACAGAGGACCUGGGCUUUGGAGGUGGGCACCAAGGGUAAAUGUAGCUGGGACCCAGACCAUGUCCCAGAGAUAAGGCCAGAAUUAUAGGCUAAACCAAUUGGACAUUGCUGGCUAAAGCAAUAAACAGGCACCUGGGUUC